UAAUAUUCAAAGCCUCAUAAUAUCGCGCCAGGCUCUUUUCUUAUUAAUAAGGCCUCUUUUUAGAUUGUCCACGGGAAUAGAAUUUCGUGGUUCUAAUAUUUUGUUUCUGUAUUGGCUCAUUGCUCACGCUUCGCAUCCGUCGCAACAGUACAGCAACGUUUUUACAACGGCCUUCUCUGAUAUAGUACUUGCUUCCUCUGCAAUAAAAACUAAAACACCACAAUUUUUACUAUCUGUUGCUCAUCAACAGCGAAACAGAAAAAACAUAGCAUCUGCACCUGAGGACAAGACCUCCUCUUCAUUGUCACUAUACGGGCAUCAAAGAGGAGAAAGACACACUAUUUCUACGCUCCUGCUGGGUUUUUCUUUUUACAUCCAACUUAACCUCAACAUCUUUCACGAACUUAACCUCAAAAGAAUGGCACGAAUGAAGUGCUAUCCUUCCUCCACAACGUCGUGCGUUGUUGUGCCAUGGACGUCAGAUUACUGUCGGCGUCGUGCAGGAGCCGUCGCGAUUCAUCCCAGCAAGAAACAUUUACGUCGCUGUAACUACAGUAGUUCUUGUGGCCCACUCCUGGGCCACCACGACGCCGGGCACCACACGCCCCGCAGGACGAGGACCCCGCUCCUGGUCAGCAUGCUUCAUCUGGCGGCUGCCAUGAUCUGGUUGUCGCUUAAUAGACAGACUUUCUGGCAAGAACACUUGCGAGCCCCGCUUUCGCGGAGCAAUUGCGCCUUAGACGUAGACCCUGAAGAGGAAUUACUCUUGGCGGGAUCAUGUGCAGGAGCUAGUACAACGUUCCUCGAAAAACAACAGCAAAACGAAAGGAGUUUUGUCCUGUUCGCAGCCGCAGCAGAAAUUGGCUCUACUCGUAGGAGCAGGGAUGAUUUAUUCUAUAGGAGUAGAUCGUCUACAUCUUCUUCAUCUUCAAGGAGCAGGAAGAGGACUAGAUUCUCUAGUAGUAGUACUUCUGUGCAGCAGCUGCCCGGCAGAAGGACGGGGCUGCAGGGGCAGGAGACGGCAACUUCACCUUCUCCAGGACGAGAGGCGCCCUUCCGGUCGCUCCCGGAUGCCGUUGCGGAUGAGGUCGCUUCCUUCCUGCCCAGCACUGUCGACACGAUCUCAGGCCCCCGCGAAAGUGCGGUGGGGCAAUUAGGGGGAGCAAGUAGAGAGCUUCGCAAAAGGUUCUUCUACCACCAGCACGAAAAGAAGAGACGGGAUGGAACUACAAAGAAGCGGGGCAAGAAGCGGAGGACAACAGCGGGGACGAAAAUCGCCGCGUCUUCGACGUCAAAAGCUGCGGGCAGCGGGUAUGGAGAAGUUCUCCAACGUUACAUUCUCAACUGUUGCACAAAUUUCUUGUGAUGCAAGGAAAGAAAUGCUGGCCGCGGGUAGAUAUUUACGCCUCUUCUUGCAAAUACAAAUUUGGAACGGAUUUGUUCCAUGCUACUCAAUAAUUUACCCCUUCGAGGAUUUGAUGUCACGCGAGCCAGCAUCUUGAUCGUGUCGAGCUCGAGGCUGAUGGUAUUUUUGCAUGACAAAAAAUCGUGUAACUGUUACAGUUGAGAGUGAGAGUGUAACGAUGACACAUGGUGUUGUAACAGUUGAGAGUGUAAGUACGCUUGAGAGUCCCAUAGCGGGGGGAGUUGCGAGGGCGAGACGGGGAACAACCUAAGCACGGAUGAAGAUGAGGAGACUAUUGACUACUACAUACGGCAGGACUACUACACACUGGAGAGAGGGACUUCCAUUCACCGGGCCGUUCCGGCUUUUCUCGAUCAGUUGUGGGUGAAGGACCUAAGCAAACACUUUCCUAAACUGAUCGACUACUCUCAGGCGAAACGGCGCAAGUGGAAAGACAUCCAAGGCCGCAUGCCGAGCAAUGAAGAGCGGGCAGCGAUAAACGAGCUCUGGCCGCAGUACCGCGAGCAAAUGACGAAGGAGCUCAAUGCCUUUGCGCAAACUUUUGUGCACAGUGUGCAAAUGGAUUCCGAACUCGUGGAGAUACUCUGGCCGGAGAAGUAUAACUUAUUUUCGAGCACUUCUUCUUCUGCAUCUUGUUCAGGGACAGCAGGGAAAAAUUGGUCUCGCGUGCAAGAAAGAACGGCGGUUGCCGUUCCAAAGAGCGUCUACCCGGGCCGAAAGGACGAUAAAGUAGCGCUGCAAAGUCCGGAUGAUGUAGUGAGCACGCCCUUGGUCACACUUGUGCCACUGCUGAAGGGUGCCAGAGAAGGAAGGCCUUCAGCAGCUUCAGGUGGAGGUGCAGCCAAGACCGCUCCGUCUUCUUCCUCUACUACGUCGCCCGGAGGUGCAGGCACAGAAACUACUACGCCCGCGACCGACGAAGAUGAAGAUGAUCACAGAAAUAUUGACUUGAGUACGCUGCGAGCAGACCUGCCAAGCUGCCACUUUUGUGUAUUCUCAAUUGACGAACCUAAUGGGCCGAUGCGGCAGAUUAUUAAAGUAGUGCUGGAAAGUAAGGCACAUGCAAGGUUCCAGGUCUCAGACGCGAUUUAUCAGAAGGGUCGAGGCGGACGUUUUGUUUCGGAGCAGCCGCGUGUCACUGGCUGGGUGCAGCAAUCUCUGCCCGCGUUCUCCCUUAAGUUCAGGUUUGAAUUGGAAGAAAAAGGCGGGCUGAAGUUGGAAGGCGCAUCGAUCUCGGUUCAGUACCGGGCAGAGCCGGUUCUUGUCGCAGAAGCUGCUGAUAAAAAAGACGAUGACGAGAAUUAUUUCUGUAAUGACCCCGCCCGCCGCGCCCCUCCGCAAAUUAUUUUCGGCAAGGGUUCUUGUUGCUCUGGCCACCACGCCGAAAAGACUCCGUAUGGGGUUCUCAAACGUUACAUGCUCAGCUGUUACAUGAUUUGUCAUACUACAAAAUUGCCAUACGCGGCCAGCGCACGAUCUUCAAGGUGCUUCGCGUCCGUGACGAAUUCUCGAAGGGCAAAACAGCACCUGAAUCUGUUCCAAAUUUGUAAUGCGAAGUGUGCAAAAAUCUAAAUCUUGUUCUUGCCGCGUUCACUUUUGCUGCUGGUGCAUCUCAAAUUCAUCAUGUAACAGUUGAGAAUGUAACAUUUGAGAAUCCCAUAUUCCUAGUUCAACACCAGUUGGCACUUGUACUACUGUUCCCACGUCCACGCGACCUCCACUCGACGUCGCGGGUCAAAAAACAUCAGGCCGGCGCGGUCUUAUCGUUCAGACAGAAGACGCAGCGCAAGCCGUGCGCUUUGAUGGUGGUGCCGAAGAAAACUGGGAAGAAUGGAAUGUCGAGGAGCUGGCUACGAAGCUGGAUCUGCACACGAUAGCGUCCAUUAAUAGAGAAGGAAGAGGAACUGGAACUACUUCUGUAGUUGGAAAUAAAAUUCAAAAGGAAAAUAAUUUCUCGCCCGCUUACUUGUAUCCCAAGCCGAUAACACUCGAGGAAGUCAACUUUCAUCGCGCAGACGGGGUGAACAAGGCAGGUCCAGGGAGCGACGAGUCUUUGGCUCUCGUCAAUGCUGCCGCUGCGAGGAGUAUGGUUCUGGCUGACGUCUUCGGCGACCGGCCAUCGUUUCCUGAAGAGGGUGAUGAUGCUGUGUUGACGCUGGUAAUCCGGCGGGUCCAAAAGGGACAAGCAGCAGCGUCAACUGACUUCCAAAAGACCGGUCCUGCAACCUCUUCGUCUACUUCAGAGGCACGAGCACAAGCACCGCCAGGUCCGCGCGAUUUUUUCCAUAUCAAAUGUAAAAAUGUCUGGGUCUGGAAGAUUCUGAGACUUGUCAUGCAUGUUUUGCAUUGGCCAUGAUGAUGUCUGUGAUGCAUGCCCUAGCAUCACAGAUUUUUUGAGGGCUUCGCGAUGCCUAUUCCGCAUGACAAAUGCCCUCUCCGCGUAGCAAAAAUUGCAUUCUCUUUGCUGCUCAUGCAAUACAGAUUUUUUUGGAAUCCAAAUUCAGCAUCACAAGUUCCCUUCUUCCAGACCCAGACAUUUUUACAUUUGAUAUUCCAGGACGACUUGCAACUGUACCUGCGGACCGCAAAAGCUAUCCAAGACAAGAGUCCUCCAUUGCACCCAUUAUACCAGAAAAAAAGAUUGCGUUUCGUCAAGCGCAUUCGUGAUCAUGUCUUGACAUCAAAAAGAAAAAAGACAUAUAAUCUAAUGUAAGUCUGCGAAGACGGAGACCACAAGACAGUCGCUGUAGUGCUGCCAUGCAGAACGCAGCUUGCAGUCUAUCAUGCGAAUUAUCCGCUAUACAAAUUUAUAUCGAUACGAGGACAGCAGGCACUACUAAAAUUCACAAAGUGAAAGCUUUUCAUGCGGUACAGUCACAAAGUGCUUUUUUUGCGGCGCGAGAAGAUAGAUUUAUUUUUUAAAGGUAAAAAUGCGGUGUGCAUGUACUUUUCUGCAGGACAAAAGUUUUGUUUUCUCGGAAGCAAACAAAUGACGUGCGGCCAAGCAGACGCAAUACAAUUGGCGCAGAGGCUCAGGACGCUUCACACUGGCAGCGCGUGUACUAUUCCCACAACCAGACUUGCGGACCAUACGGAUUGGCGCGCUAUUCUGACAUAGGCCUGCACUCGCAGGGCCUUGCGGAAAUGUGUCCCUCGCGGGCGGCGUUGGUCAGUAUACGGAGGCAAAAUGUUGACGAGUGGCAGCACGAUCAGCGACAGCUCCUCCAGCGUGCUGGUGAGUGUGGUGAAAUGUCACUUCCACCGUGCGCAUGUUUGAAUGUGGAGACCUGUAGUUGCAAGAGCCCCGACCCGUUUCAACGCGCGGCGCUGGAGGAGAUAGAAAAAAAAAUUCUAAGACGGUGCUUCAAUUGCCGAGACGGCCAAGGAAAGGGCGACAUCGGGUGCACGGACAACUCCCCUCACACUUGUGCUGGUAGUCGGUGGGAGUAGUUGCAAACAGGUUGCGGAACGACCAGGGAAGGCUCAGACAAUGACUUAUCCUGUGCAUUGAGGCGUUCAUAAUUUUCGACGCGUCGGCGAUCGGUGAGGAAUGUCGCCGCUCUUUUUGAUCCUUUGUUGCCGCCUUUUUGAUCUCUUGUUGCCGCCAGUUUGAUCUUUUAUUCGAGGGCUAAAAAGUAGCACAAUGUUGAGAAGGCACAACAAGGAUUUCUGGAAAGCUCAGGGCUUGUCCGACUAGAUGUAGCGUCGUGAGUUGCAGCGCCAGCAGUGCCAGGGAUAGAAUGAACAAAAGAUGUGGAGGUGGAAGAAUGAUCGGCGUGGGCAUCACUAGAGGAGAUUUUAAAGAAGAACUACCUGCUGAGCAACGUCGACCAGACGUCGGAGGACCUGCAACAAAUAAAACUUUUAACUUUGAGAUCGAGCAGACCAAUAGCUGUUACGCAGAGCAGUAGUUAUCGCGAAAUAUAUUAUUGGUAUUACACGACCUCAUUACGAAGUAUAAUCUUCUUCUUUGUCGGAAAGUACCAGGCUCACCAUAAGUCGCUGCGAAGGCGAGGACGAAGUAGGAAGUAAAAGCCGCUGCCUUGUGCUGUCUUGUGUCCUACUACAAGAUCUUUGACUGAUCAUCGAUUCAGACCGAUCAUGCUCAUGCAGCUGAACGAUCUGACCACACAUGACACGCCUGAGGAAACAAAUUCAAAUUCUUGAUCCGCAAAAAGCAGAAAAACAAUCUUGACGCGAGAUAAUGAUCGUGAAAUAAGAACGACAAGACCAAUAGCGUUGUGACCGAUGGAUAGAGUAAGUAAGAUCCACCACUUUUUCGCAAACAGAAGGCUG